GGGUCCUUCGGGCCUUCAGCAGGACAGCUCUCCCAGGGUCCUGCCUUGGUUGCUUAGCAGUAGCUGGGCGGUUGCAGGCCUGAACCGGAGUGGCCCCGCGGAGGGAAGCUUGGGGGUCUGGCUUAUGUGUGGCAUCCCUGGCCUUUCCUGGCGCCAGUCGCAGCUAGAAACCAAUGGCAGGAGACAGAACCAAACCCUGUGAGCUGGAUCAAGAAAAGUAUGAUGCUGAUGACAGCGUGAAGAUCAUCUGCCUGGGAGACAGCGCCGUGGGCAAGUCCAAGCUUAUGGAGAGAUUUCUCGUGGAUGGAUUUCAGCCACAGCAGCUGUCCACGUACGCCCUGACUCUGUAUAAGCAUACAGCCACUGUGGACGGCAAGACCAUCCUUGUGGACUUUUGGGAUACGGCAGGCCAGGAGCAGUUCCAGAGCAUGCAUGCCUCCUACUACCACAAGGCCCAUGCCUGCAUCAUGGUCUUCGAUGUACAGAGGAAAGUCACCUAUAAAAACCUGAGCACCUGGUAUGCAGAGCUUCGAGAGUUCAGGCCAGAGAUCCCAUGCAUCGUGGUAGCCAACAAAAUCGAUGGUGGGGCCAUCCCUGCACCUGGGCCAAGUGGUUUGUGGGGACCCAUUGCACACAUUUCCCUCUCUCUCCUUCCCAGCAUAGGCAACCUUCAGUAUUUGUCCUCUUUCUGGAGAUGCUCCCUCCCCAGUAGAGAUUUAGCUGAGCCAACCCACUCUCUUCCCCAGACACAGAUCCCUGUUAACUCUUCUGAGAACGUGAACUGCCCCACUUUCUGGCAUGGGGUCUCUGCUAACCCUCCCUCCAAACCCAUCUUUUCCCUGGAUGGACAGACCAGUGUCCUACUUCUCUUUGCAGCAGACCUACAAGUGACCCAAAAAAGCUUCAAUUUUGCCAGGAAAUUCUCCCUUCCCCUGUACUUUGUCUCAGCUGCUGAUGGUACCAAUGUUGUGAAGCUCUUCAAUGAUGCAAUUCGAUUAGCUGUGUCUUACAAACAGAAUUCCCAAGACUUCAUGGACAAAGUUUUGGAGGAGCUCGAGAACUUCAAGUUGGAGCCGAAAGAGGAAGAGGCACCAGACCAAAAGCAGAGUGGCAGGAUCAAGAGCCCGCCCCACUCCUGAUCAGCGGGAAGCCUGUUGUGGCUGACAGGGGUUGUGACGUGGGAAUACCCCUCAAGCUGUGAAUAGAGAACCUCUCCAACCACUCCUCGGUGUCCUGCAAACCCACUUCCACGGUACAGGAGGAGGUCAGCACCAGCAACUCUGGACAAGCAUGAAAUUCCACCUUUCACACCUCCCUUCCCACCCUGGCCAACAGUGAAAAGAAUCCAGAAACACUGUGUCUCCUUAGUAAACAGACUUUGGGGUGGUUGUGUUUUCUUCUUCCCAAAACUGACGCCAAGGACUAUUCCUUGUACUUCUGCCAAGAAAAUAAUCACUUAACCUUACAGCAUUCCCCUACUACAGAAUGUGUGAGGUUCUGUUCUUUUUCCCCUUCAGUCUCCCAACCAACUUUUUAAAAGAUGUUUCAAGUGGACAAAUUGUAGAUUUUUAUUACAAGAACAGGUUAGCCAUUUAAAUUUAGUAAAAGCAGAUGUUGGGUAUAGCUGUAUGUGGUCACACACAUCAGAUUGUACAGCCACAGCAUGGGGAAUAUCCAUUUGGAUUACAGAAAAUUAUUUUCAGUACAGCUACCUUUAGCGCCUCUGUCAGUGUAAGAUUUCCUCCAUUACUCUAGGAUGAGUUGAGCACUUCCUCCUGAAAGUGGCUGAGGCAUAUGUAGACAAAGAGCUGUCUGCUGCCUUUCCUCCCCUGCCUAGGAGCUGUGGCUUGAUAUUGUGUUCUUUUUAUCAUCUAUGGCACUAUUUGCAUUGCUGUCAGUAAUUUAUUUUGUUAGUCUUUUUAUAGUAAAAAUUGAAUUACAAUAUUGCGUGCCUUGUGGGUGAAUGUGUACUAAGAAAAAAAAACAGAUUAUCAACCACAUUAAUGAGGGAGACAGCCUUGAUCUGCCACAAGAUAGCCUAUGUGAACUCUUUAUUGACCAUGAAGGAGACUAUUUCAGCAGAAUUUAGGGUUUUAAGAAGUGUGGGUGUUGAUUUUAGAGCUCCAGGGCAAAAAUGAUUCCACUUUAAGCAAGUGAUACCUAUUCAACCUAGACUUCACCUGACCGAAGCUUUUCAGGAAUGUACUGCUCUGAGAAAGUG